AUGGCUCUUUUAAAUGAUUUUUUACUCAUGUCCACCUUUAUUUUAGUUAUAAAGACCUUUCCACACAUAAAUGUUUUUUCAAUUGGUCGGCUUGUUGACGCACUCGCCUUUAUUUGGCACGUUGAGGCAGAGGAAAGUGACUCUCCAGGUUCAUCAAACGACCCAUGUUUUAAACUGAAGACGGAACCCUCUUUUUUCAAAAUAAGCUUGCCCGGCACCAUAACCAAACAAUCCUUCACAACGGUAGAUCUGUGUCUCCCUUCGUACGAAUCAAAAUCUGGAAUGAAUUAUCUCAAUCCCUUUUACGACGAUUACCAAUUCCAAGAAACGGUUUCUCUUGUCCAAAAAAAAUUGAUAAACCACCCGAAAGACAUAAUUGUUCUCGCUAGAGUUUCAGGAGGUGGAAAAACAUCGACCGCAUUUGGAAUUUCUACCCAACUUUGGUCAAUAUAUAUUGAUUUUUCACCUAGCGGAGGACAAUAUGGUGAUUUUGUGGGCCGAGUGCUUGAAAGAAUCAGAGCUAGACCACCAAAAUACGACCAACCUGAAGAACAAAAUAAAAUAUUUAACAUGCUGGACUUAGCAAUAAUCUCACGUGGGCUUUUACUUAUCAAGAUGCUUGUUCAAGAAAAAAUUUUAACAAAAAAGGAAUGGCCUUUUGCACAGCUUAGAAUUAAUGUCGAACAAAUAGAAAAAACCCAAGAUAGCUUAUAUAAUAGAGAUGAUAUUUCUUUGCUUAUUAAAUAUAUCAACGAAUGCCUUGAUGUGAAAUCUCUAAUCUUAAUAUUUGAUGAGGCACAAGUCCUUUGUAGACCCGACUAUGGAGAAUACAAUGGGAGUUCAUCAUUAGGGAAAAAAUGGAAUCUCUUGCAGGCUUACAUUGAACAUCUUACUCAUCUUCCCGUUACCUGUCUAAUUGUCGGCACUUACAUGCAUAUGGCAAGUGGAAUUUCUCUCGUUACCAGUGUUGGAAAAGUCCAAGGUUUGCACGCUCAUAUUGUGUUAAAGCUUCCCUUCCUUUCACAAAAUGAUGUACUACGGAACCUGGAUACCGUAAUCGAUCUAGCGGAUGUUACGCCUAAAACUCGCGACUAUUUGGGAUAUAUCCUCAGGGGACGACCUCGAAAUUGUGCAUCAUUUGUUCGGAAAUUGAUAUCGGAGCGUGAAUCAACAAAUCGAACGAAAGAUCAAGAAAUACGAGAGCUUAUUUGUUCGUGGUUUGAAAGAAUGAGUCAUGAUAUGGCAAUAUAUUUGGAAAACGCAUGUAAAUCUUUGGGUAUAAAUUACUUCAAUCCGGAAACAGCAAUUUUAGAUGUUCUUAGACUUCGGUCACCUGAAUGCAUAAUUCUUCGCCCUGAAGAUACUUUUUAUAAUGAGAUUAUGAUCAACCCAACACUUGAAUCUUACCUCGUCUCUGGCAUCGAAAAUUUUCUUAUAAAAAGAGGGAAAACUUUGGUGGAUGUCUUCGUUGAAAACAUUAUCCGACUCAACAAUACUUCAUCAAUUGGCAAUGAAUUCGAUGCAGCCUUUAUUACGGCAAUGAUCCAGAAACGUGGGUGUAAUGUACGAGAAGAACUUAAUAAAUGGAAACAUGGUCAAAAUUUUAAUCUUCCUUCGUGGAUAACUCCCACGAUGAAGUUUAUGACAAUUUCGAAUUUUUCAAGAGGAGUUCCCAUAGCAAAAUAUGUUAGCAAUACAACUUAUUAUUGUUCUUAUGCAAUCCAGCCAGACAGGUUCUCGGGAUCAGAUGUGGUGAUCUCUUUUAUGGAUGAUGAGCAAAAUGUAGUGCUAUUAUCAGCAAGCUGUACAGUUUCUGGGGAACCUAUUAAACGAAGUAAGAUCAAAGAUCAGAAUCACGAUGAAUUUUCUUGGAAAGAAGCCGAGUGUCUUCGAAUAGACUACCAGAUAUCCAAGGUCCCUGAGCGUGCAAAAAAUCAUGAGAAAAUCAUAAUUUCCACGGAAAAUCAAAGACAUAUUUAUGUUUCAGUAGAGCUUCCGCAUAGAGCUGGCAAAAGAUCAGAUCUGUUUCGGUUCAAUGAAUAUGGCGACCUCGUGAUCAUUGUGGACGAUCGUAAUAUGGAAUAUAUUUUCGGACCAGUUGGCAAUAAAUGCAUUCUAAUGUGA